AUGACUGAAAUCAUCAGCCUGAUUCAACAGGCCAUCGAUUUAGAAGAAAACAUAAGAAACUUCGUCCAGGUAUACUUGGGUGCUGAGCGAACUUUCUUUAAGAUGCGACUUUUCGGCGGUAAUGUCAACAAUGUCAAACUGAAGCUCUUCUUGAGAUUAUCCGAAGACCAAAUCAAGAGUAAAACAAUGCAGAAAUCUGAUGAAGAGGCCAUAGAAGCUGCAGCCAAAGAACUCAAGAAUAGCUUAGAGAAAGCGAUGGAUCACUUGGAAAGCCACGUACCGCAGGGGUUCGCAUCCAAAUUCAUGUGGGCAUUAUGUGAGGAGAGGAGAGCAAUAGAGUUGAUCAACGCCUUUGAGAGCAGUUUCACCAGCAUAUUACAGCUCUCCGAAUUAGCUGAGCGCGCAAGAGAUCCAGUGUCAUUCGAUCUCCGUAAUUUUUCACUUAUUACAGAAAGAAACAUCCUCGAUUCUGGGUUUUACGCAUAUUCAGCGCAGGCAAAAUACAACCCAAGGGGAAAGGAUCCUGAAAACGAUGAUCCUGAAGUCGAUGUUUUUAUCGAGUCCUUUAACGCGGAUAAAACUUCUCGCAAAGAUGCCCAAGAGAAAGCAGAAAGGAGUGCCAAGUGUCUAUGCCGUUUGGGUGACGACAGCAAUACGAUGCUCUAUCAGACUGGACUUCUUCCUUGUCUCGGUCAUCAAUUCGGACGCCUCAUAUUCCUCUUGCCCAAAAAUGCACAAGAAGAGCCUCGCACAUUGCGAAAAUACAUCGCGGAAUGCAAAGAGAAGCACGAACCGGCCAUUCCCUUGGAUUCCCGAUUUGGAUUUGCGUUACAACUGGCCGAGGCAUUGGUUACAGUUCAUAGCGCUGGAAUUGCACAUGGUGCAAUUCGAAGCGACACAAUCCUUUUUCUCAAACCUAGAGCAACAACGACACAUCACACGGAAGACAACGCAGCACCUCCGACUCCUGGCGAUAACCGGAAGACCGGAGAUCAAAGCAGCCUGGAAGAUAAAGGAGACAUAGGAGUUACCCGUGGUCGUCCCACCAAAAAAGAAGUUUCUCCGCCGAAGACAGGAAGGUCCAAAAGAAGUAUAAGCAGGCUUGGGGAACAAGCGAAGUUAGUUGUCGAAAAACUGAAGAGGUCAGGAAGCCGAGACAAGAAUCGUACCCAAGACAAAAAUGCCAGGAAGACAACACAGAAUAACGCAAACAAGAGAGAUUCAGCCGGCACAAAGGUACCAGAAGCUGGUCAACCCUCGGGAAUCGAACCCAGUCCGAAUGCAGAUUCCGAUUACAAAGACAAAUCCAACAGUGGCCAACAGACAAGUUCCUAUGUCAAAGUCGGUGAAGUUCCAUCCGAAUUUGGUGGCGUCUACCUAGCAUCUUGGCUUUCACUUCGCUGCCGUGGAGACGCUCCGCGGUCUUACAGAAGACGGUGGGACGAGGAUAUCUACCGGCAUCCUCAGAUGCAAGGUAAAGUGAAAGACAAAAAUAACAUGGGACACGAUAUCUAUAGUCUAGGCGUUUGCCUUCUUGAGCUUGGCUUGUGGGACUCCUUGGUACAGAAGUGGCAGACCAAUGACAGCCUCGUCGAUGGGAUUAUGAAAUGGGUGAAGAAACAAAAGAUCGACACCGAACCUACGGACCAAGAUCCGCACCAAGAAGGUGAUUUGUCAAAGGAGAUCAAGACCGUUUUAUCCUCGAUCCAGAAAAGUCAGGGCACCGACAGCCUCUUUGACCAGUUAAUGGGGUUCCUGAAGGUUGAAAACCCCGAUCCCAGUUCACGAGAUUUCCUUCAAGGGGAGGGUAUGCCGAAAAACAUCAAGAACGCUCUGUGUCAAAUUGCAAAAGACCGGUUGCCGAAUUCGAUGGGCGCAGCCUAUGCCGAUAUUGUUAUCAACUGCUUGACAUGUCUCGACGAUACAAACGGCAUCUGGAAAGUGAAAUUUGCGAAAUUGAACAGGCAAAAUGAUUGCGACAGAUUCCGGGAUGUUGUUUUGUUUCCUAUGCAGAACAUUACGGCGGCUCUCCUUGGUUCAAAGCAGUAG